AUGGCCGCUUUUAAGAGCCAAUUUAAUUUCAUGCUAAAAUUUAAGAGACAUAUUGGUAGUAACAUAAUAUGGGGGAGAAGAAAAAAUUUUUUUUUAAAAAAGGAAUAUAUUGUUUGGUCAUUUAGUAAUAAUAUUUCAAAGAGAUACUUAAGUAUUCAUGAAUAUUUAUCAGUAGAUUUAUUACGUUCUCAUAAUGUACCAUGUCCUGAGGGAUAUGCAGCAAAAACUCCAGAAGAAGCAGAAGAGAAAGCUUUAUUAUUACAAAACUUGUGUGGAGAUAAUGAUUUAGUUAUAAAAGCUCAAGUAUUAAGUGGUGGUAGGGGUGUUGGAUAUUUUAAAGAAAAUAAUUUUGAGGGAGGAGUUCAUGUGUGUCGAAAUAGUAUGGAAGUAAAAGAAAUAGCUACAAAAAUGUUGAAUAAUACUUUAAUUACUAAACAGAGUGGUCCUGAAGGGAAAAAAUGUAAUACUGUAUUUAUAUGUGAACGUUUUUAUAUAAGAAAAGAAAGAUAUAUUGCAUUUCUAUUAGAUAGGAAUUCUGAUGGAAUAAUGUUACUUGGAUCAAGUAUAGGAGGUUCAUCUAUUGAAGAUAUUAUAAAAAAAAAUCCGGAUGCUAUUUAUAAAUUAAAUAUUGAUAUAAACAAUGGAUUAACUACAGGUCAAGCUAGAGAAUUUUCAGAAAAAAUAGGUUUUAAAAAUGACCAAUUAAAUAUAGUUACAGAUAUGAUUGUAAAUUUAUAUAAAGUUUUUAAAAAAUAUGAUUGUACAUUAUUAGAAAUUAAUCCUUUAUCAGAAUUAAAUGAUGGAAGGGUUUUGUGUUGUGAUGCUAAAUUAAAUUUUGAUGAUAAUGCUGAAUAUAGACAAAAAGAAAUAUUUGAAAAAAGAGAUUUAACACAAGAAAAUAAACAAGAAUUAUUAGCUAAGAAAUUUAAUCUUAAUUAUGUAUCAUUAAAUGGAAAUAUUGCAUGUAUGGUUAACGGUGCAGGAUUAGCUAUGGCAACUUUAGAUUUAAUUAUAUUACAUAAUGGAAAUCCAUCAAAUUUUUUAGAUGUAGGAGGAGGAGCAACAGAAGAAGAAAUAACUGAAGCUCUAAAAAUUAUUAAUAAUAAUGAAAAUGCAAAAGUAUGUUUUAUAAAUAUACUUGGAGGUAUCAUGAGAUGUGAUAUUAUUGCUAAUGGUAUUAUUAAUGCAUUCAAACAAAUAAAAUUUAAUAAACCUAUUAUUAUAAGAUUAGAAGGUACUAAUCAAGAACAAGCACAAGAAAUUUUAAAAAACUCAAACAUUAAAUGUAUUCUAUGUCAAGACAUGAAUUUAGCUGCUCAAAAAAGUGUAGCCAUGGCAAAUAUUAUAGAAAUAGCACAAAGUCAAAACAUAAAUGUCUCAUUUAAUUAA